GUACUUUUCCUUCGUCCCUUGCACACAUUUUUGGCACGGAUUGGAGGCCCAGUUUAUCCAGCUUCUGACUCCAUCGUCAAAUCAUCGUAGGCGAGAGUCAAGAGUUGUCUAACCAGUCUAACCGGUCUAACCACAUCGCUCCCAAAAGAGUAUAUCCCCCUUGCGCCGUGCCCUUUUGACCAUCCCGGGCCUUGUCUUGCACUAUUUGGAUGCUUGGUACGAUGAGAAACGCUGCUACCACCACUGCAGAAUAUCCAUUCCCUUAUCCAGAAUACGCACCCGCCGGAAUGGAAAAGGGAGUGAUAGAAUUCAGACCACUUGCAGCUUCAAUCUCAAUUUUCACAAAUCUCUUGACCGACCUUUCAGCUUCGGCUUCGCUUUACUCAUCAAGAGUUUCAGAGUUUCCGUUUUGAGUUUUUGAGUUUUUGAGUUUUGUGUAUUUCUUGGACUCUGACUUUGCCUUCACCCACACACCCUUCAUUUCUUGCCCAUAUUCUUGUUUAUAAAAGUUAUUCUGGGAAUUUGAUUUGCAUGUCGAUGACGCUUUCCUGUCACUGCGAUCAAAUCUAUGUAUGAUAUAUGUCAAUAUUUACUAGGCACAUUACUCUAAUUGAUGUUACUGCCGCCAAUCCGAAGCCGGUACCGGUAUAUGUACCCCUCCAACGAUAUCGUACAAUAAACGCCUAGGGAUAUCCGGCAUUGUACUGUCUGUCUCAAAUAGAAGCAUCGCGGAGUCAAGUGAGCUUGAUCUUGAGGGCGCCAUCUUAACUUGUCAAUACCUGGCUAAAUCCUGUCAUCACUCGGUACACAUCGGAAUUUGUAUAGGAUAGGACUUGUGGGAGCAAAGAGCACGUCGCCAUUGAAUCGUAACAGUCCUUCCUGACAAACUCUAUAUAUUGAUCAUCUGGAAGCCGUGGAACCUCUCAGCAACACAUUGUAUGAUCAAUCGAAAGAUCACAUCGAGCAUUGGGAAGGAAACAGCUUUGGUUUUGGAGCUACCAUUCGGGAAGACAAUGAUUCCUACAAGAGAGGUUUGAGCAAGUCUGCAUUCCAUUCAUAUAUCCUUCUUCUUCCAGGUCAGGCAAUUUCGAAUACCUCCACUCCGCCUCACCCACUUCAAUCGGUCCCCUACAAGUCACAACCCUCGAUUAGAAAAGUGGCACGUUCCGAUUUCAGUCCCAGACACCCAAACACCCAGACACCCAGCCAGACACCCAGCCAGACACCCGGCACAAAUAUCAUAAAUACUUAUUUAAUCCAGACGUCGCCGUCCAGAUUCUGCACCUGUCACAGGCGAAUACUAUACAUAAAACUCGACAUCGAUAAGUCGGGGUCCAACAUCUUAACUGGAUUGAAAAUACGCUCAAUCCCACUCCCACUCCCACUCCCACUCCCAUUCCCACUCCCAAUCUCAAUCUCAUUUGCAUAAGAGAGGGAAGCAGGAACGCCAGAGGGAAGGGGCAAAAGGGGACGAACCCAUCUUUGUUUUGGGAAAGAAGAUCAAGUUGAAGUAACAAAAUCAGGGAAAAGGGAAGAUCUUCGUUCCUUUCUCUCGUGGAGAUUUACGUAGGAGGUUGAGGGAGAACCGUUCAAAUCGAGGUCGCCAUUUACACACAGAGUCGCCUUAUUAAUACUAUUAUUCUCAUUAUUAUCGUUAGUCGCAACAGCAAGAAAACGAGAGAACCAGAUUGGCUUGCGAUUAAAAUACAAGGGGACAAGGAAGGAACUUACCACAACGGAUCACAUUAAGCUAGUCAUUCCUCUAACCCAAAUAGGAUUAGUUCGCUUUUGAUACAGUACAAUUUACUAUCCACUUAUCCACCAAUUUUAAACCUCGACUUCUAUCCCGACAAUGCCAUCGUUAUCUUACAGUGCAACAACAGAGGAUCGUCUGCCAUAUCCACUACCCACGAACAAUUCGGUAUCGAAUUCGAGAUCCAACAAUUCCUCUGCCAAUUCUACUUUGAAUGCUCCGGUCAAUCGUCUGCAACGCAAACCCUCGUUUGGGAACCCUCGCCAGAUUGCGCCCCCUCCUCAAAAUGAAUCUCACGAUGCAAUAGGGGAAUCGCGACGACAGCCGAGGCAACCCCAUAGCCGCUCUAGUAGUACAAGUGGUGCCCAAGAACUAUCCGGAAAUUUCAAUCGGUGGAGUCAAUCGACAACUUCAAGUGCCGGAGGACAUAUUCGGAGCCGUUCGAAUUCAAAUUCACGUUUAAGUUUUGGCGGUUCGGGAUUAAAUGGGAAUGGUGUUGGCCAAUCUCCCCCGAGAAAAUUACAAAAGAGUCGACCUUCAAUUGAUAAUAGCCCUCAGACGAGAAGACCGACAGACCGACCCGCGAACCCCCCUCUACCGUCAUCCCUCCCUCCAAUUAUCACUCUGCCAAUUGAUCAGCAACCUGGAAACAAUUCCCCAUCGCUGUCAAGCGCGCUGACUCCUUCCACGGCUGGGUUAUUAUCGGCUGCUGUUCACCAGACUGUACCUGAUUACUUUGGAAAAUCUUGGGAAGGUUCUAGACCCAGAGACAUCUCUCAACGUCGAUCGCCAUCCAGGUCAGGAAAUCACAGUAUUAGUCCUUCACCAAUAUCUACUUUCUCGGCGGAAGCAGCAACACGCCGUCGUCUAUCCGGAGAGGGAGCAGGAGUGCCGAGGGGCCAUUCAAGAAAUCGUUCAAGGGCCGAAAAGAGUAGUAGUUCUUCUCGAGGCUCUAAGCAACCCUCGCAAAAAGCCAUGUUGUCCAAAGCUUUGCAGAAAGCUAAUACGGCAGUAUUACUCGAUAAUGCACAAAACUAUGAAGGCGCCAUGCAGGCGUAUUCUGAGGCGUGCAAUUUGUUACAGCAAGUUAUGGCUCGCAGUUCAGGAGACGAGGAUCGACGCAAGCUGGAAGCAAUUCGUAAUACUUAUACUAGCCGGAUAAAUGAAUUGGCGAAGAUUACUCCCGAGUUAAGUGACGAAAAGGCACUUCCUGCCAGGCCCGAAAGCACAGACUUCAGAUCAGAAUAUAGACCAGACGAGCUUCCAAUGAGUGAUGAAGAAGAGGAGCCUGCAAUUAUAGAGACGGCUACAAUUACGAGGAUAGUUAACGAUGCUUCUUACCCAGAUGAACCUCGGCGAGACCGUUCAUAUUCGAGGAAUCGUCAAUCGCACUCGCGAGGCGAAUCGUCGUUGCCUUCGACCUUUGAGCCUUCUCAGGGCCAGACUAGAAACCACCCUGACCAACGAUCCAAUUACUUCUCUAGAUAUAAUCAAUCUCAAGGACGAAACGUUGAAACGAGCUUAGCCGUCCCUAUGGAAAGCCAGUACAUGCCACCACCUCUAUCUCCAAGGCGACCCGUGUCACCGAUGACAUAUGGGCCAUCAAGCUCCGGUCAUCGAAGACAGAAAUCUUCCGAAUCGCCGAGUCCAAAAUCUAACACUAACUUGUCUGCUCCAGCUCCAUCGAAAGGGCAUACACGAGCACCCAGUAAUGAAUCUAUGUCGUGGUUAGAUACUAUUGAUGAGUCUGGUGGAUCGGCUGCUUCAUCUGUACAUUCUAGAUCCUCGUCACUAAAUGUAAGGAGGAAACAUAUUCGUGCUUCUAGCGGUCAGACCGAAGCCGAGUUUGAUGCAGCACUGGAUGCCGCCGUUGAAGCAGCUUAUGACGAUGGCUUCGAGCCUGUAAAUUAUGAUGACGAUGAUGACGACGAUGAACUUGUAGCAAGUGUCAGGAGAAAGAUUGAGUUAGCGAAAGAAAGGGUGCGCCAAAACGAACGAGAGGCUGCUAUAGAGGAUGCACAUGAAAGGGAGCGAAAACGAUUGUUCCAACAAAUGCAAGAGCCGCAUAUUGGUCCACUUGAUGACUAUGAGGGAAAUGAGUCUGAAGAGGAAGAGAGGAUGCUUGAAGAAAUGACAAGAGGUUACGUGAUGGAUGAUUUCGAAUUCGGUCUACAGUCGAAGUCGGCACUUCCUAGAGAAUCUGAUUCCAGUGGGUCGUUUUCAGGUCGGACUUGGCAUAGCUCCAGUGGUUCCAUACCCCCGCUCACCAAUAUCGCAGCAGCACCAGCUGCUUUACCACAGCCUCAAAUUCAGCCACCUCACCCGCCGCCUUCUCAAGCAUUGCCUGCACCACCAACCCUUGAUGGUAGUCCGGUGAGAAAGAGUAGUCCAGCGCAGAGUGUUCGAAGCAGAAGGCUAUCUGGUCAGAAUGCCAAACAAUUAAAAAUUGAAACAUCAUCAAGGUUGAUUGAAGUUCAAAAUGCUCCCUUGACUCUGCCUCCGUCAAUACCGCCACCACAAAUUCCUGAUGGCUUUGCAGGUCCUAAGACUGCUGGCUUACUACAACACGGACUAGGUUCGAUUGGCCUUCGAACGGCCAUUCCCACAAGACAAGGUUCAAUUUCGGGACCGAGCUCUUCAGAUUAUACUUCUCCUCCGACAGCAUUCCUUACCCAAACACUCACAAACGAUAGCAACGACAACUUCAAUAUUAUACCUCGAUCAGGAUCACCAAACCGUUCCCACUCAAGAGCAGGACUGCGAAAGAAUUUUUCCUCUUCGAGUUUGAAGAAUGUCCGAAGUCACACUAUGUCAAUUUCCAACAUGGACGAAUUUGGUGACGCCAUGCCACCCACACCAAUGACUGGCCAAGGAAACCAUAUCAAUGGGAGAAUGCCCGCUAUGCCCACUCUACCAACACCGAUUGCUGCCGCAUUUAAAGAGAAGAUGAACGGUGCACCUACUGGAGGCCUUUAUCUUUUCAACAAUGAUCUUCACUCUCCAGAAAGCCCUGGCUCGCCAAAUCUGAUGAGUGCAGGUGCACCAAUUCCAUUAGAGCCCUGUCCAACGGAAUAUCUCCUUCGUCCAUUCUGGCUUAUGCGCGCUUUGUACCAGACUAUUGCGCAUCCGAGGGGUGGCUAUUUAUCUACUAAAUUGUUCAUACCUCGAGAUGUAUGGCGUGUGAAGGGUGUUAAGAUUAAGGGAGUCGAAGACAAAAUUGCCAGUUGUGACUUCCUCACAGCAGCUUUGAUGAAGCUGGGUCAAGUUGAUACUUGCGAUGCUGAUGCUGUUCUGGAAGAAAUGCAGGCUUUAGAAGGAGUUCUAGAACAGGUUCAAAUCACGCUCAGUAAAAAGCUGGGCAGUGAAGUCGGCGUGCAUGGUUCAAAUGGGAUGUUCAAAGAUGCAACUAUGGGUGACCCAAUGGACUUUGCUAGUACAAGUACUAAAUCUGGAAAUACAUCUAGCAAGACCUCUUCGUUCUCAUGGAGACGCUUACGUUCGAAGAAUUCUGCUAUGGGUCUUUCCAACAAUUACUCAAAUAAGGUCACCUCUCCUGAAAUACCCAAGGAAGGACUAACCAUGGGUACAUUACCCAUGACGUCUGCCCCUAGAUCUCGAUUCGCCAAGAGAGAUGUUAGUCAAGUGCAAUUUUCUGGACCGAAUGCAAAUUACAUGAGUGCUUUGGCGAGGCUAUUUGACGCUGCACAAGCUAUUGAUCAAAUUGCACGUCAAGUUGAAGACCCUGGUCUUCGCCAUGCAGAUAAAACUCAGGUUGGGCUCGAGCUUUGCACUCGUCAUGCAGCCGAGUUCUUCGGGUUUUAUAUCUGUCGUUUUGUGUUGAAUGAUAUCUCAAUGCUUUUGGACAAAUUCAUCAAAAGAGGAAGUGAAUGGGUUCUAGUGUGAAUCUUGAAUUUAUUAUCUGUGGUGAUAGUUUUUGGAUGUUAUUGGGCUUUAGGGACUAAGAGCUGUGAGCAUACGUUUAAGGAAGAAAGUAAAUACUUUCUGAUAUUUUAUUAUUGUGGGAAAUUUCUGUGACAAGGAUGACGGAAUUGGAAUGGAGUAUUGUGUUGUGAAUUGGCGUCUUUGGGAUGGAUGGAAUUAUAUUAUACCUAGGUACUUGUCAUAUAAAAUUAUGGAUGUGGGCUUUUGGGAUGGAUGGGUGGCGGUAGCUUGCAUGCAUUCGUAAUUUUUGAUGAAUGAUACCAUUACAGAAAAUUGGAAGGAAAGGAUAGGACUGAUCAAGUGGAGGAGUUAUAUCAUAUGAUAGGAGAAGGAACAUUAAGGGGUUAAGAGGGGUCAAAGAAUGGAAAAAGGUGGAUUUUAUGAUGAAAUGGCAUUUGUAUAGCUGCCUAUUUGCGCAUAUCUAAAUAUCAAUACUGGUUCUGAUAAAUGAACAUGGGAUGAUGAAUGAAGAGAGGAGAAGGAAAGAAGAAAUAGUGUCAUGGAAUCUGAGAGGGGAAUGAAUCAAAGAACAGGCAGACAUAUCUAUAUCUAUAUUAUACGAGCGAGUAUUACAUGUAUUAUAUAGUAUCCUUAUUGUAUGUAGCAUAUUAUGUUAUGUUAUA